AUGACAGGUCCCUUCGUCUUACCUACCUCAGAGAGACUUGACUCUCGCAUCCCGCCCGACAUCGCACCUUCUGAUGUAGCGCGGUCCUGGUUCGACAAGUUCUCUGCUGCGCUUGAGUCCCACUCCCCUGAUGUCGCAAAUUUGUUCUUGGAGGACAGUUUCUGGCGAGACUUACUGGCACUGUCUUGGGACUUCCGCACAAUCCACGGCUUACGAAACAUCACGAAGUAUAUCCAUGACACCAUUUCAUCCGGGUUCCGCCUAUUGUCACUGAGCUUGGAUGCUCUUCGAGCACCAGCGCUGCAACGCCCGUUCGACGAUAUAGCGCUCCUUAGAUUCUCCUUCACCUUUCAAACAGCCGUCGGGAAGGGUAUUGGCACCUGCAAUCUAGUUAACACCAGCGGCGACUGGAAGGCGUACACAAUGUUUACUAAAUUGGAGGAGCUAACCAAUUAUCCAGAGAGUGUCGGCAAAUUGCGCAACACAUCUAUGUGGCACGGAGAUUGGCAGACGAAGAGGGUCGCCGAUGCUGAGUUUGCCAACAGUAAUCCCACAGCUGUCAUUCUGGGUGCAGGUCACGUCGGUCUGGACCUUGGCGCUCGUCUCCAAGCUCUCGGUGUCCGGACUCUACUGAUUGAACGAAACUCUCGUGUCGGAGACAGCUGGCGCAACCGCUACAAGUCGCUGUGCCUGCAUGACUCCGUCUCUACCUCCGCUUAUAGCUUCCCUUCCACUUGGCCCGCUUAUCCUGCCGCAGCCAAGCUAGGCGAUUGGCUUGAGAACUACGCUCGUACCCUCGAGCUCAACGUGUGGACAUCUUCAACCAUACGGCAUGCUAAGUGGGACGAGUCAAGUCAGAUGUGGCUUCUUGAUGUUCAGCGCGAUGGUACCUCUCGAAGUCUAAAAGUGAAGCACCUGAUGUUCGCUACGGGAUGGGGAGCAAAUGUACCGAAACUCCCCAUCAUUGCUGAUCAAGACAAGUUCGAAGGCCAAGUCCUCCAUUCGACGCAAUAUAGAACUGCGGAAGACCACCUGGGCAAGAAGGUUGUCAUCGUCGGCGCUUGCACCUCAGGACAUGAUAUUGCCUACGAUUUCUCCGACAACGAUGCUGAUGUGACCAUGUUCCAGCGCUCUCCGACCAUGGUAGUCGGUAGUCAAACACUCGAUAAAACAUUGCUUAGCCCGCUCUACAAUGAAGAUAUCCCGACCGACAUUGCCGACCAAAUCAGCUCGUCUUUGCCUUUCAACGUUAGCCGACAAUUUCACCGACGGAUUUUUACUACCGUUGCUGCGGUUAUGGAUAAAGUUUUACUAGAUGGGCUUGCAAAGGUGGGCUUCAAGACAUACCUUGGGCCGGACGACUCUGGUGUGAUGCCUCUCGUUUAUGAGCGUGGUGGUGGAUACUAUUUGGACACUGGGGCAUCUCAGCGAAUCAUUGACCGGAAAAUCAAGUUGAAGAGCGGCGGGAACAUCAAGAGGUUCACUGCCCAUGGCCUUGAGUUUUCGGAUGGCUCCCAUCUUGAUGCAGAUUUAGUCGUUUUUGCUACCGGAUACGGUGAUCCUCGUGCUAUGGCCAAGGAGAUAUGUGAUCCUGAAGUUUUCGCGAAGCUGAAGCCGCUCUGGGGACUGGACCCUGAGGGUGAGGUGCGGUCGGCGUGGAGAGAGUCCGGUCAUAAGAAGCUGUGGUUUGCCGUAGGACACUUCUCGAUGGCGCGCAUCUUCAGCAAACUGCUGGCGUUGAGGAUAAAAGCCGAGGAGGAAGGUCUAAUUCGACAAUAA